GAGCUGCUGACAGACCAGCAGCCUGAGCGGCUCCGAACCAGCUUCUGUCCCGAUCGGUACCGGUACCGGCUUUAUCAGCAGCUCUUCUCAUCUUUUUUCUGGGUUCCGGUUUCUUCUGCAGAUGAUGUGGAACCGAAGCGACGCUGAAUCCGGACCUGAAGGGCCCCCAGCAGGGUCCAGUUGUGGCUCAGUUGGGUGGGCCCUGGGGCAUGAGUCCACCUGGCAAGGCAGCCUCCUCUGCUCCGGAAGCAGGGUUUGUUCUGGACGAAGACAGAGCACCGUGUCUGACGGCGGGGACACAGGGAUCGGUACUUACUGCUCAGACAGUUUGGAAGAUGACUCCAGUUCCAGUAUGACUCCCCUGUCCACCCUUCUUCUGUCGCAGCAGGAGGAAGAUGGCCUCCUUUCUGCUACCAUGUCUUCUCCUUCAUCCUCACCUGGAGUUUUCCUAAAGAUGUCCUCUUCAUCCCACAGCCUGAGUUGUUGGAACAGGUCCUGCGAGAUUAGUAAGCCCCUCAGCUCUACUGUAGAAGCCCAGAGUAGUACGGACAGAAGAGGCCAUCCACCCAUCAGGAGGUCCUUGUCUUUUACCAAGCUGUCCUCAGGGGUGGAGAAGAGCUCCAUGAAGACAUCCUGCUCUGUUUACAGCACAGGAGCCCAGGGCUCUCUGGACAGAGGUAUGCUUUAUGGGUAUAGAAGGAAAAACACAGACUCUAAAGUCAAGCUUCACCUGCCUCUAUCAUCCAGCACGGCGUACAGCAGCGCGCUGCAGAGAUCUCCUGGUUCCCACCCCUCCUGUGGCCUCAAACACAGCAGCAGGUCUCCUGGUCUGAGGAGAGAUCCAUCUCCGUCCUCCUCUCAUUCUUCUCCUGUGAAGCACAGUUGCAUGUGCAACAGUUUGCAUGGGGGUGGUCAGCAGGGGCACUGGGUGGACCGACCCAUAGACACACCCAUCCAGCCGGCUGUGCGAACCCAGAUGUGGCUGAACGAGCAGAUGGAGUACCAGCCCAAACUGGACCCUGGAACGGAGCCUGGUGAGAACGGGGGAGUGGACGCGUUCUCCCUGCUGCAUCAGGAGCCUGGACUCCAGCAGCAGACGCUCAGAGGAAGGUCCAUCCCUGCCAACACUCUGCUGAGGGUGAAGGAGAAGCUUCUGAGGGAGAGAGAGCUGGAGAUCCAAAGUCAAAAGCUGCAAAUCCUCCAGCUGCAAGUCUGGAUCAAAGAGAACGAGCAGAGAGCUCAGCAGGUUCUGGUCGGCCAGAGGGGGCCGCUCACCCCCCCAAACGCCCAGGAAGCAGCAGUGAGGACGUCCUGCAGAGCAGAGAGGCUGGGCUGGGAGCAAGAACUGGGUGAGAAACUAGCCGCGGCCGAGCUGGAAGUUCUCCAUCUGGACCAGUUCUUUAAGCAAGUCAUCCUGAAAUAUAAGGAGGAGAGGAGGAAACUGGAGGAGAAGAUAAAGACGAGGGACCGCUACAUCACCAGCCUGAAGAAGAAGUGCCAGAGAGAGAGUGAGCAGAACCAGGAGAGACAGCAGCGGAUCGAGACCCUGGAGAAGUACCUCUCUGACCUGCCCACACCAGGCCAGGUGCAGGUCCAGUCCAAGCAGCAGGACAAGCUGGAAGAAACAAAGCAGCAUCUAGAGAACACGGUGCUUCAGCUGCAGAGGAGCAUAGAGGAAGGAUGUGCUCUGAUCCAGAGGAAAGACGCUUUGAUUGAGAUGCAAGCCAAGACGGAGAACCAGCUGAUGGCAUCUGUUCAGAGUCUGAGGAAGAAGGUGCAGCAGUGUCUGGAUGAUGGCGUUCGGCUUCCGGUGCAAGAUUUCAAAAUGCUAAAGGGGGAAAACUCUCAGCUCCUGCAGCAGCACCGUUACAGCAACAGGGUGCUGAGGAUGCAGGAGGAGGAGAUUGAGAGGCUAACGUCACAGCUAACGGACCAGGGGAAGGCGGUGGAGGUCUCCUCUCCAGGACGGAUGUCGGAGGUGGAGCAGCUGUUGGAGGAGAUGUCACUGUGUCUAUUUGAUCUGCGAGGUUUCUGCAGCAUCCUGGCUCACCGGGCCCAGGGCAAAGAGGCCAACCUGUCUCUUCUUCUAGGGAUGAAAUCUAUCAGCGUCUCUGCAGACCAGCCGGAGCUUCAGGCUGCUGCAGCAGGAGAGGAGCUGAGCUCCAAGCUGCUUGAAGUCGGCCUUCUGAGGAGAGGCAUCGAUGAGCUAAGGAGAACCAUGGCAGAACGCUGUCCCAAUGUGGAGGAGAGCUGAGUGAACUCAGAGAGGAUCCUUUCUGCUCCGCACACCUCCCUCACUGCAGCAGAACUAGAACCAGCUGUGGUACCUGCUCUGAUGGGUCCAUCAGCUGAUGACCCGUAGCGGAUCCUCAGAACCAACAGAGACCAUCCAACAGACGGCAGCGGCUCCCGGGGACCACAGAGUUUACUGGAAGGAUAAAACCAGCUACAAAGGCGUAGAAGCUCUUGGCUAACAGAGUGUCUGAAACGACUGACAGAAGUCACUGAGGCCGACUGUCCUGCUGCAGUCCAGCCUGAAACCCUGUAGAAGGUUACUGGGACCCCAUCCCAGCAGACCAGUGCUUCUACUGGGAUCACGGUUGGUUUCAGCCUACGGUUUAAAUCUAAGCCUUCAGUAUUCCUACUGAUGCCUGUGCUCCUAGCUUCAGUUCAGGUUCUCCUGUUCAGAGUAGGAUGACUGAGGUGAGAAGUAGAACUCCUAGAUGUGCUGACCUGUUUGAGUCUUUUACACACAGAAAUAAAUUAGUCUACAUGAUUAGUCCAACAUCUAAAAACAGUUUAACAAGGACCUAAAUACAGUCGCUUGGUUCUACUGUGUCUGAUCGUGGAAGCCUGUGUGACCCUGACCCUCCAUGCGCUUUAAUCUGACCUGCAGGUACUUGCAGGGUGAAUCAGGGACCUGAUUUCUAGGCUUAGGAGAAUUAGUGUGUCUUCCAUAUUUCUUCCUCUGUGGGUGUUAGAGAGCACGGGUCUGCAAAUACUCCAGGUCAGGCACAGAAGCUGAUCAAACACAGCAUUUCUCUGAUGGUAGAAAACCAUUCAUUCUGUUCACAACUGUGUGUUGGUUUCUAGGAGGAAUCAGGAUCAGGGAGGUUGGAGUUCGAGGCUCAGUUUCACAAAGCAGGUUUACUGAAAUCACAGAGUUUCCUCAACCUUUUUCUGUUACCAUGGUAACAUUCUCUCAGAGCUAACCGGCUAAGCAGCAGGUUUUCCUCCAUGAACUCUGCCCUCUGUCUCUUCCUCCUCUUAAAGCCAAUCCUGUUGUUUUAUUUCCUGGUGAAAUUAGGACUGGUGAUUUCACCUAAAUAGGUACAUUGAUCCACCAAUUUAAUUCAGCUCAUUUAUACAGCGCCAAUUCACAACACAUCAUCUCUAUGCACUUUACAGUUCAAACACCGUUCACCCAGUAAACUAGAUUACACCAUAAUGUUAUUGUGGUUACAACAGGCUACGGCAGGGUGUUUGGAGAUUUAUUAGUUUGUCUGAAUAUGUAUACUACUCAAAACAUUUAAAGGAACACUUUGUAAUCAGAUUAUAGCAUCAAGUUAAUCAAACUUCUGGGAUAUUGAUUUUGUCAGUUAAGUAGCAGAAGGGGUUGUUUAUCAGUUUCAGCUGCUUUGGUCUUAAUGAAAUUAACAGCAGGUGCACUAGAGGGGCAACAACAAGACGACCAUUUACUACUUUGGUAACAAAGGUUACAACUUUGUGCAAGGA